AUGAAGACCGCCUUCGCAACCAGCCUCCUCCUGGCCCUCUGCGCCUCCCUCGCCAGCGCCGGCAUCGUCGUCACCCCCAUCCGCGCUAACCAGAUCGUUCCCAACAUGGCCGGCGACUGCUUCUUCGGCAAGACAACGCCGUCUGGCUGCGGAGAGGCAUCUAGGCAUGAACUCGACGAGGGCCACGACGACGUACAAGCAUGCAUGCAUGUGUCCGGCGACAUGUUUAGAUCAACUACACCGGACCCCUGCCCCCCCUCCUUCUGGAUUUAG